CAGGCCUUUCGGCGGAGCUGAGGCACUUGGCGGGGUGGGGGCGCGGGGCGUCUGCGCUGCCCGUGCGGAAGGUGGAUCCCGCUUUCCAACGGCGCCCCUGGCUUAAAUGCUGGAGAGCAGACAGCCCGGCCCUGUGUCUUUCUUCCAGACGAUUCGCCAGUUUGUGUUUUACUCUUCCGAUCGGAUAGUAGCUGCCUUCUGGCUUCAGACCUUCGUUCCCGCCUUCUGACACUUAGGUCUUCCCGUUUUCUCUUUUUUGUGCCCCCUCCCUCUGGCUGGCUGGCCUGGGUUCCCAGUUAACCCCCUCUUGUGAGCCGGCCUGCCCUCAGGCCAGUCUCUCCUCUUCUAAAGCGUUUUCUUACCCUCUGGACGCGCUCUCUGCCUCAACCGCGGGCCUCGCCCUCCAUGUGCUGCCCCACACCUGAGCAGGAUUCCCAGGAAACCGAGGAGCAAGAUGGGCAGAAAAGCCGGCGAGAGCAGCGGCGCCGGCCCGGGCGCGGCCGUCCCCUGGGAGAGCUUGUCUCGCUGGAAUUUGGAUGCAGAAGCGCUUGUUCCUGAAAAUAAAAGCCCCCCACCUGGGAGGGACAGCGCCACAGGUGGCAAAAUUAACAAGACCCACCUGGAAAUUCCAGCAAAGCAGCUCCUGCUGGAGCUCAGUUUCUCGGAGUUCGUGCCCCAGAGAACACAGAAUAGUAAACGAGGGCUGUUCCAGCUGUGGAGUUACCCUGUGAGGGAAGCAAGCACCACGGAGCUCAGGGAUUUCAAAAUAUCUUCAAUGGAAACUGGCUGUAAUAUGACCAAUAAUCCCAUGAGGCUCUUCGGUGUGAACCCACUGACAGGUGCUUCAGUGGACAAGCGAGUUGGCUCCCACCCUGCACUGCGGGCACCACUGAGUCUCUGCCGUCCAUAUGCUGAUGGAGACUCUUUCAAGGACACGAAUGAGCCUCAUAUUAAUUUAUGCUCAACUGUAGAAAACAACAGUGGAGAACUUUUAACUGCUCCAAACUGGAAUCUGAAGUAUGGAAAUAGCAGUGUGGAGGAAAAUUUAACAGAUGAAAGUGAUUUAUCAGAAAAUGAAAAAGCAAACGAUGCUUUACUCAGCUAUUUUAAAAAGAUGGACCUGAACUUAAAGCCAGAAACAAUAGAAAAUGUUGAAGAACCUUUCACAGAGGAACUGAAUGAAGUAUUUCCAUAUCCUGAUUUUCUCCCCCCUCCUUUCAGUACUUUGGACUUGCACAAAUUAGCCCUCUCAAAAUCUGACAGUUGGAAAAUGUCAGUGGAGACGCCGGCCAGCUCCCUGGAGCCGCUGAUGGCUCGUUUGCUGGACAUGGAGAGACUUCAGCACCUGACCAUUCAGAGAGAAAGGCCCAGACUCCAGACCUCCUUCUGUGCCCCGGUCGCCACCGAACGACCCCCUUCCUCCAAAGCUGUCUCCAAAACGAGACAGCCCAAACCUCCUGAUGCUGUGGGGCUUCAAAUGGCUUGUGUAGAGAAAAGUCAUGAGAAGAUGAAAAACAGUUCUGGUUCUUACAAGCCUGAAUACCGUGCUCCCAAGUGGAACUGGAACAGCGCUGGCAAAUACAAGUGGGGUUCCAGACCAGCUCUGAAAACCUCGUCCACCCCAAAACAGGUCAUCGCCGUUCAUGAUGACGUUAAGGAUCCCAACAUCUCCGUUUUAAACCCAUGCCAAGAACUCACAAUCAAGCCCGCCCCUGUCCAGACGACUCAGCUGCUGGUUAAAACGGUCUCGGCCAGAUGCCUGCCGCCAAAGUCUCCCACACCGAUUUCACCCACACCCCUGUCUUUUCCUGAUGGUCACAGGGAAGAGAGCCAGGCACCGAGGGCCAAAAAGGAAUUUUACCGAAAAGGUGUGGUGCUGGGCAGGCCAUUCUGUGUUCAGAAGCUGAACUGCUGUUUGUCACCUUCAUUAAUAGCUAAGGGUAAGUGCUCACCCACUGACCAAAAAUAACCUCUCUCUUCUUUCCUGCGUCUCAACAUGAGCAAAUCUACACCAAGAAGCCGGGCUCAAAUAUGGCUCCUCAUUGUGAGAUACAGGUAUUACACAGUCACAAAUAUGGCUUCUCAUUGUGAGAUACAGGUAUUACACACACACACACGUGCACACACACACUCGCUCACUCCUGUGCGUGUGUACAUACACACACACACGCGCGCACAUGCACACAGAAUCCCUGAAUGUGCUGUGGCAUGGAGCUUGUCAGAGCCCCAGCUGAGAUGGCUACACGUAAACCAUGGGCUUCCCUGGUGACAUAUUUGAGUCUCUUACAUGUUACGUUUCUAAGGAAUGUUUCUCUUAGAAAACCAUUCUGCUCAAGGUGGUUCUUUUGUUGUGAUUAUUUUCCAGUGUAAUUCCAUCAUCAAUAAAUGGUAUA